AAUACUAACAGGAACCAUGCAACCGUGUAAAGGGUCACCCCAGCGGUUACACGUGAGCAUGAGAGAGUUACCGGAGGAAAGUGCAGAGGGAACUCCAAAACCGCAUGUCAGCACCAAUAAUAACCUGACCAACUGAACUCAAAAAUGGCGUCAAGUGAAGGAAACGAAGCGGGCUCCGUACUUAACCGGGUGCCUCCGUUACUCACGGAUCUGUACCAGUUCACCAUGGCGUACGCGUACUGGCGCGCCGGCAGACACAACGAGCCCGCCGUGUUCGAGCUGUUCUUCCGGGACAACCCGUUCGGCGGAGGAUUCUCACUGUUCGCGGGUCUGAGCGACUGUCUGAUGUUCUUACAAAACUUCUCGUUCUCAGAUGACGAUGUGCAGUAUUUGCGCUCAGUUCUCCCAGCGGACACGGAUGCUGGAUUUUUCUCCUAUCUGAAGGAGCUGGACUGUUCGUGUGUGUCUGUGUCUGCAGUACCCGAGGGUUCCGUGGUCUUCGCUCGAGUUCCUCUGCUGGAAGUGUCUGGACCGCUGGCUGUAGUUCAGCUGCUGGAGACUAGCCUGCUCUGUCUGGUUAACUACGCCAGUCUGGUGUGUAGCAAUGCUGCUCGUUUCCGUUUGGCUGCAGGUCCGAGACGCAGAUUAAUGGAGAUGGGUUUGAGAAGAGCUCAGGGUCCAGACGGAGGCCUCACCGCCUCCAGAUACACAUACAUCGGCGGUUUUGAUUUGACCAGUAAUGCUCUCGCCGGCCGUCUGUAUGGCAUUCCUGUGGCGGGAACCAUGGCACACUCUUAUGUCACUUCCUUUUCCUCUCUGGAGGAGGUGUGGCCACAGACACUGAAGACCUGUGGUGGCGGAGACUCUAUCGACUUCAUCUGUCUCGUGAAAGGUUUACUGGGUCGCGUCUGUCAGCUUCUGGGCUCCAAAACCAGCCUCAUUCGGGAGGGAGAACUGGCGGCAUUCCUGUCCUACGCCAUCGCUUAUCCUCAAAACUUCCUGCCAGUGAUCGACAGCUACAAUGUGUGCUGCAGUGGUUUGUUGUGUUUCUGUGCUGUGGCUCUGGCUCUGUUUGAGCUUCAGUAUCGUCCUCUGGGUGUUCGUCUGGACAGCGGUGACCUCUGCAGGCAGUCGCUGGAUGUGCGGCGCGUCUUUAGAGAAUGCAGCAAACAUUUCUCGGUUCCUCAGUUCGAGUCUCUCAUCAUCGUCGGCACAAACAGUAUUUCAGAACAGAGUCUGUCUGAUCUCAACAAGAAAAAUAAUGAGAUUGAUGUGGUCGGUGUGGGCACUCAUCUGGUCACCUGCACACGCCAGCCUUCUCUGGGCUGCGUUUAUAAGCUGGUGGAGGUCAGAGGUUGUCCCAGGAUGAAGCUCAGUGAAGACCCAGAGAAAAGCACUCUGCCCGGACGCAAGGCAGUCUACAGGCUGCUGGACGCUGACGGUCAUCCGCAGAUGGAUGUGUUGUGUCUGUGUGAUGAAACGCCUCCAGCAGCAGGUGUAGAGCUGCAGUGUUUCCCUCUGCUGGAGAACUCCACACUGCAGUGCAGCAUCACACCUGCUCAGGUCAGCAGUCUGCGCAUGCAGGUCUUCAGCUGCGGACAGAUCACACUCCCUCUAAACAGUGCGUCAGAGAGCCGUGAGCGUGCACAGAUUUCACUGCAGAUGCUGAAUCCUCAUCACAAGAGACUACAAGAGCCGCACGAUUACACUGUGGCUUUAUCAGAGCGGCUGCACUCCUUGGUCUUUGACAUCAAAAAAGGAAACAGUAAAGGCAGCAACUUCCUGCUGUCCAACUGAAGCCCAGCUGAAACCGUCCAGACCAAAGUCUCAGCCAUAAAUCUAGAAAGACGAGCAUCUCCUUUAUAAUAAACGACUAACAACAGGUGCAGAAACGCUGGAAUCAUUGUGCUCCUAUAGCAUUAAUCAUUAGAACUGUGUUUUUAAUAUAGUGUUGCUCAUCUCAUGAUUAAACUAAUAUAAUAAAUGACUAAUGAAAGUAUUAUUUAGAUCAUCAUAAUAAAGUAUUUUAACUAAUGUUA